AUGACCACCCUAAUCCAAGACUCCAUAGCCGGCCACCUCGUCCGCCUCCUCACCCACGGCCGCGUCUUCCAAUACGCCGAAGAAAAAGACCCCUCGUUAUGGCAGCGCUACAUUAACCUGGAAAAGUCCAGUCGCAUGGCGUAUCACGGUCGGGUGGACUCAAUUGAUAGCCCUGAAGACGAUGACGAUGCAGUUAGUAAUGGGGCUUCUGUGUCGAGGAUUCCGUCGACGGCGUGGACGCAUAAGGGGCAUAAAUACCAGGGGUUGACGGGGGUGAGGAUUAAUCCUGAAAAGGGGAAGGAUGUGAAUGUUAUUGAUUGGUGGAAUGAGAAAGACAUCGAGAACCCCCAAAACUGGCCGAUGUGGAAAAAAGCCUUUGUGACGCUGGAAAUCUGCCUCCUCACCUUCAGCGUGUAUAUUGGCAGUGCCAUAUUCACGCCCGGCAUCCCCUCUGUCACGCAGGAAUUCCACAUCAGCAGCGUUGCAGCCACACUCGGUCUGACGCUGUUCGUGGCUGGAUACGGCCUGGGUCCGCUGAUCUGGUCGCCCAUGAGUGAGAUUCCCCAGAUUGGGCGUAAUCCGGUGUAUAUCGCUACGCUGGCUGUGUUUGUGGCGCUGCAGGUGCCGACUGCGCUGGCUGGCAAUCUGGGGACGUUGUUGGCGUUUCGAUUUUUGACGGGUUUCUUUGGGUCGCCUGCUUUGGCUACUGGCGGUGCUACGAUCGCAGACAUGUAUGCACCCUCGAAACGGGCAUACGGGAUAGGCAUCUGGGGCAUCAGCGCCAUCUGCGGACCAGUAUUAGGUCCAUUAGUCGGUGGUUUCGCAGCACAAGCAGAGUCCUGGCGAUGGACCAUCUGGGAAUUAAUGUGGCUGGCCGGUUUCUCUCUGCUGCUGCUCAUCUUCCUCCUCCCAGAGACAUCAUCGUCCAACAUCCUCUACCGCCGUGCGCGUCGUCUCCGCAACCUCACCGGGCGCCAUCACCUCAAAAGCGAGCCUGAAAUCGAAAGCGAAGAUCUCAUGGGCAGGGAGAUCGUCAUGAUCACUCUCGUCCGUCCGUUCACCCUCAACUUUCUCGAACCAAUGGUCUUCCUGCUCAACCUGUACAUCGCCCUUAUCUACGGCCUGCUCUAUGUCUGGUUUGAGUCAUUCUCCAUCGUCUUCACAGGCAUCUACGGCUUCAACCUCGGCCAACUGGGCCUCGCAUUCAUCGGUAUCCUCACCGGCGCCAUCAUCACCAUCCCCCCGUAUUACUGGUGGAUGAACAAAUACCUCGAACCAAAAUUCGACUCAAACGGCAACGUAUCUCCCGAAGCCCGUCUCCCACCCGCGUGUAUCGGCGGCUGCUUCAUCCCAAUCUGUCUCUUCUGGUUCGGCUGGAGUGCGCGCCCAGACGUCCAUUGGAUAAUGCCAAUCGUCGGAUCGGGAUUCUUCUCCAUCGGCGCGUUCCUCCUCUUUAACCCCGUGCUGAAUUACCUGCCUGAUGCGUACCCGGCCUAUGCGGCUUCUGUGCUUGCGGGGAAUGAUCUGUUUCGGUCGUCGUUUGGUGCAGGCUUUCCGCUGUUUGCGUCAGCGAUGUAUAACAAUCUCGGUGUUGGGUGGGCGAGUUCGACGCUGGCGUUUUUGUCGAUUGUGUUUAUUCCUAUUCCGGUGGUUUUGAUGAGGUAUGGAGAGACUUUGAGAAAGAACUACAGUCGAUACGCACGAAAGGAUAUAUAA